AUGCGUUCGCAGUAUGGCGUAACAGCAGGGUGUCCAGAAAAUAUACGCGGCCUUGAAAUAAUAUGGAAUCUUAGGCCAAUUACUGAAUGGAGGCGCUGCUACUCUCCUGGCAACAGCGCAAGAUUAGCCUUUUCUGUUAUCAGCAAAUAUGAGAGCACCAGCAGUAGAAUGAGAGUGGGCAAUGCGGCCAGCAGCACAAGUCCGAUAAGGAAUGUAAAACUGCUAGAGCUAAAUUCUAACCGGCGGCCCCCCAACGACGGCUUUGUUGUGCUGGGAUCUCCUUUCUCAGGCCGGACGAUCCAAAGUGACUCUUUAGCCACCGCAGACACAUCAGUCGCAGCAGCAACAACAGCUGCAGCAACAGAAGAUGCCACUACCCGAGGCGCAACAAGCAUCUUGAUCUGCGACGGUCUAUGGUGCAGCAGCAGCAAGCGCAACGGCAGCAGGGUCUCCUCGCCCCUCGGCCUCGACGAUACAGCUCCCAUGCUGAAAGAGCGACGACCGCUGCAGCAGCAAAGGCUGCAGCAGCAAUACUUGCACAAGCAGGUACAACAAUGCAAGAGUGACUCUGAGUUAUCUGCAUGCGGCAGCAGCCGCAGCAGGUGCUCCAGUGAGGGGGCCUUUCUAACGGACAGUGGCAAAGGCGAUUUAGAGGGGGGAACCACUGUACGAUCACAGCCAACGGAGAGGGCCUCCUCAGGCACAUCCUGCCGGAUCUACAGCAGUCGCACCGCAUGGCAGGAUACUACGGACAAAUCAAAGACCGCUGACACUGCUGCUGAAGGAAGCAACAGCAGCAGGAGCACCGACUGCCGCCACAAGAGCCGACGCCGACACUGGACUGCACGCACAAGCAGCGUAGCCUCCCGCAAAGCCCGACAACUCCAUAGGAGGUCCAGGGGAGCGCUUGCACUCUCUCAGGAUCCCAACGAUUUCUUCUACUCUGAAGACUAUUCGCUAGUAGACAGGGCAGCAGCUGCAUCAUCAUCAAGUGUUUCGCCGUGCAGGGUCACCGCAUGUGUUGCGCCAGAUGACAUGAAGCAGCACACUGUACAGCUCCCCGGCUUCCAGGAACAAAAGCAGCAACUGCCUCUCUUGCGGCAGAAUCGUGAUAGUGCCUUUGCCGCAGGAGAUACCACAGCACGACUCAGCAGCAGCGCCAAUACCACCGUUCCCUCGCUGGCCGAAACCUUGGACGCUGCCUCAGCGACAGCAGCGGCAGCGGAACUAAGAUCCUGGAAAACUUUCAGCCCUCCCAGAUCGCACCCCAUAGUUAAGUCUCCUCAUGAGGCUGGGGGUGUUCCAGGACCCUCCACCUUUCGCCUGGACUCGGGGGAGAGCGGCAGCGACCAGCAAGAGCGGCCGCGCAAAGCCGUAAGCACAAACUUCAGGCCGCCUGGCAGCAGCAGGGCGCAUCAGCCGCAGCAGGCUGACAGCGGAGGACAAAGAGCAGCAACCACAGCCGAUCAAAAGAAGCAAGCGGCUGCAUCUUUCUGGGCAGUCCCUGUGAAGCUCUCCAGUGCUCGCGCGAUGCCAGUAGCAGAAGGGGCCACCCCAGCAGCAGCAAGUGCAGGGGGCGCCUACUUCAAAAAGGACUUUGCCAGCAGACUCUAUGGCCGCCGUACUGUGCGCAGUUGCGUGAGUCGUUGGAUGGCUGGAGCCGCGUCGACGGAUGCGGCAGUGGCUGCUGCUGUAGAGGGGGGGAAGGGCACUUACCGUAGAACAGACGGAACCCUCCUGCGGGGUAGGAGGGCCAGCAGUCGCUGUUCCACAUCAAAGGGGACCGCUCGGCGGAGCAGCCCUCUCGCAGUCGCACCUCGAACGCCAUCCCCCCAGCUUUCUGUAGAGAGCCGAAGCCAGCAGUGCAACUCGACAAUAGAAAGCGGCAGCAGCAGCAGCAGCAACUGCAGUCGCAGGCUGAGGGAAGCGAAGAGCGGCAGGCGCCUCGCUCGCAGGGCCUAUACCACUCCUGUCGACUGGACGUGUAAGAGAGGCACAUCUGAUCUCGUUCCUGGAGCUCCUCAUACUGCUACGUGCCGCAGAGUACAGCGUAGCAGCACCACCAGUCGCACUUUCCGCCAGCAGCAAGAACCCCAGCCACAAGAGCAGCCGCAGGAUCAGCUCCGAAGGCCUGCUUUUGUCCCCCAGCUGGAUCUGAGUAAGCUGCAGCGAGAUGAAGAAGAGGAGCAAGAGGGGCUUCCGUGUAUGGUUCAGCAGAGCCGCAAGGAGCUGCAGCUAGAGCAGCAGCAGCAGCGGGGAGACUCCGACACAAUGCAGCUCAGUGUAGAACGUCUCCUCGAAGAAAGGACGUUCACUGCACCUCUCACCUCCAGAGUUGUUCGGUGCAACCACGCACUUUUUACGGCUCGUGUAUGCAGUGCCCUAAUUUUAUCCCAGCAGCAAGAGACUGACGCUGCCCUGAAACCCCCGCCCGACUCCCCCAUGAGCACAAGUGCGUUGAGGCUGGCAUUGAGAGCACACGGUACAGGAGCAGCAGGAGGGCCUGCGGAGGACGGAGCAGGUGAAUCUCUUCUAGAGCCUCCUGCUAAGUGGGAGAGAAGGGGGCCCCUUGAGAGAGUCCUGGGCAUGCCAUUCGUGGGUAUUCACAGUACCUCGCAAGAAUCCCCGGUGCAGCAGCAGCAGCAACCGCAGAGCCAGCCCGAAGAAGGGGGCCCAGCCAGGCAUAUGGGGUCAGAAACAGCAGGAGUCAGACCGACGCACCCGCUAAGGCGGCUUCUGCGGCAGCCGACAGACUGGGGGUCCCUGUGCAAGGAAUUGGUCAAAGGAGCUUCUUCCCUCAGUGCGUUCCUACCAGAUACUGCUGCAGCGACAGGAAAGCACCAGCAGCCCGGCAAGAAUACCGAAACUGCAGCCACGGCAGUACCCCUGUCUGUAGGAGACACUGCACUUGAGAUGCCGCACCAGCCACCUACACAGCCACAGGGGUCUCGUCUCAUCAAAGCCAAAGAAGCGGCUGAGGGGGGUGCUGCCAUGCUUACGAGGACGCCUGCAACCGGCGGGACAUACCAGCACCACGAGGGCCCCAGCAACCACGGCAGCGGGUGCAGCAACAAUGCCGAACUCCCCAGCGGCAGUAGCAAGAAACAUCACCAGAAAAACCAAGACCCCCAAAAGAGCCCCUCCGCUUCUCCGUCGCAGUGUAAUGCAGAAAGCAACAAAAUUGCCACUGCUAAUCUAAGAGAGACCGGACUCCUCCUUGGGCUGGAGGCUACCGCGGCUGCCUCUCCUGCAACUGCAUCUGUCACGCCACUAGGCCCAAGUCUACCGACUGCACAGUCCCACUGGGUGAGCUACAGCAAUCUGCCUGGCAAAAAGCUUGAUUCGUGGUGGAAAGGUACGUCUGUGGGUAUUUAA